AUGUCAUCGCCAGUCAGCCAAAGUAAAGUCGCCGCACGGCGGCUGCAUGCCACGGCGCAGCACCUGAAGCCCGCAUCGUCUGCGGCCGAGUCGUACCCUAUGAACCACGAGCCAAUCCAGUCGCCCGCAGACACACCAAACUUCCUCGACAACAAGUUCGUGGCAUCGAAAGCAACACAAUGGAUAGAUCUACACGACCCCGCGACCAACAACCUGGUUACACGCGUGCCGCAGAGCACAGACGAGGAGCUCAAGGCCGCGGUGGACAGCGCCGAGAAGGCCUUCAAGCCAUGGAAAGAGACCAGCUUGCUCCACAGGCAGCAGAUUCUGUUCAAAUACACACACUUGAUUCGCGAGAACUGGGACCGUUUGGCUGCUAGCAUCACACUGGAACAGGGCAAGACAUUUGGAGACGCGCGCGGUGAUGUGCUCCGUGGCUUGCAGGUUGCGGAAACCGCAUGCGGUAUCACAACGCAAAUGACUGGCGAAGUCCUCGAGGUCGCCAAGGACAUGGAGACACGCAGCUACAGAGAGCCAUUGGGUGUUGUAGCUGCCAUUUGCCCUUUCAACUUCCCCGCUAUGAUUCCCCUCUGGACCAUCCCCAUCGCUGCUGUUACCGGUAACACUGUCGUUAUCAAGCCUUCGGAACGCGAUCCCGGCGCCUGCAUGAUCCUUGCCGAGCUUGCGGAGAAGGCUGGAUUCCCUGCUGGUGUCAUCAACAUUGUACACGGUUCAGCCAAGACGGUUGACUUCAUCAUCGACGAGCCCCGCAUCAAGGCGAUAAGCUUCGUCGGUAGCAACAAGGCUGGAGAAUACAUCUACUCGCGCGCAUCGGCCCAGGGCAAGCGUGUUCAGGCCAACUUGGGCGCAAAGAACCACGCUGCUGUUCUCCCCGACUGCAACAAGAACCAUGCUCUCAACGCCAUUGCUGGUGCUGCCUUUGGUGCUGCUGGUCAGCGAUGCAUGGCUUUGAGCACUCUUGUCAUGAUCGGCGAGACCAAGGAAUGGGUUCCUGAGAUCGCUGAGCGCGCAAGGGAACUGUCGAUGAACGGCGGCUUCGAGGAGGGCGCCGAUCUUGGUCCCGUCAUCAGCCCUCAGUCCAAGAAGAGGAUCGAAGACCUUAUUGCGAGCGCCGAGGAAGAGGGUGCGACUAUCCUCCUUGACGGACGUGGUCAGAAGCCUCCGUCUGACAAGUACGCCAACGGCAACUGGGUCGGUCCUACCAUCAUCGCCAACGUCAAGCCACACAUGAAGUGCUACACCGAGGAGAUCUUUGGCCCUGUCCUUGUCUGCCUAAACGUCGAGACCAUCGACGAGGCUAUCGAGAUGAUCAACGCCAACGAGUACGGUAACGGUACUGCCAUCUUCACUCGCUCAGGUGCCACUGCCGGCAAGUUCCAGCGUGAGAUUGAAGCCGGUCAGGUUGGUAUCAACGUACCCAUUCCCGUACCUCUCCCCAUGUUCUCCUUCACUGGUAACAAGAAGUCGGUCGCAGGCGGCGGUGCAAACACUUUCUACGGAAAGCCAGGUCUCCAAUUCUACACACAACAGAAGACAGUGACAAGUCUUUGGAGGAGCGAAGACGCGGUCGCGACAAAGGCGUCGGUCAAUAUGCCUACGCACAGCUAG